GGUAGUCUUAAGUCUAAGAGAGUUGAAACUUUUGCACCACGUGUGGCGGCUAAUUAAACCUGUCAUCUUUCCCCCACCACAUUCCAAAUUACUUCAAAUGGAUAGAUAUUAGAUUGGAAGCUACCCAACCCCUCUUUCCGAUGUCUAUUCUAAACCACCAGUUUUCGGUUUUCCAGUUCGUCUUUUACUUCUAUUUUUCAUACCAGUCCAACGUCACUUACCAUUUAGUCACCCCUGCAAAUCUGUCGUAGUCUGAUGAAAAUUUAUUUUCUUGAACAAAGGCAUUUUGGAAGGCAGAUUUUGGAAUUAGGAGCUUCGAGUUCUGAGGAUGAGGAUGAGAUACAGAUUGUGACAGACGGAUUUGUGAUUCUCUUCCUUUAUUAUCUCGGAAUCUUCUUUUUCGUUUGUGUAAUCUUUUUGCCUUUUUCUUGGUCCACACCGUCUUUAUAAAGAUCCAGUAUUUCUCUCUUUUUAUCUUUUCAAUAAGAAAUGGCACGGUUUUUUCUGAAGUUAAUCCCGAGUUAUGACUAGUUUAUUCUAAUGAAGAAGCCAAGUGAAACGAAGAAUUCGAUGUUAAGAUGAAGAUAGUACUGGCAAAUGAACUCAACAUGUGGAGACUUGAAGAACAAGAAACUCAAUCAUUUACAACAAGAGUGCUGAUUUUAUACCUUCUGCUAACCUUUUGCAUAGAACCCAGUUCAAUUUUCUCAAGAAGCAGAAAGAAAGCUUCCAUAGAAAUGCUAAAAGAUGGAAUUAGGAAUUAGAGGAGUAAAGCCAGACGAACCAACCAUUAACAACCAUAACACCACUGCGGCAGCUUCAUCAUCAUCAGGUGGAAGCAACAUGAACCCUACGAAUAACAGCCACACCUUGGCUCAGUAUGGUGCUGAUGCGAGGUUAUUAUCAGAGUUUGAGCGUUCUGUCGGAUCUGGUAAGUCUUUUAACUACUCGGAUAUGCUCACAAGUUCACCAAAAGCUGUGGCGGAAAAAGAAAUGACUGCUUAUUUAGAAGCAAUUCAAAGGGGUCGCUUCGUUCAACCAUUUGGUUGUAUGGUCGCAAUUGAAGAACCCACUUUUAGAAUUAUAAGUUUUAGUGAAAACUGCUUCAGCAUGUUGAGUUUGAAUCCGGAUGAGCCCAAAAGUCUGCUCGGAAUCGAUGCUAGAACCCUUUUCACCUCAAGUUCUUCGAUUUCGUUACAAAGAGCUGUGGCUUCUACAGAAAUCACUUUGUUAAACCCGAUUUGGGUUCAUUCUAAAAAGACCCAUAAACCAUUUUACGCUAUCCUUCAUAGGAUUGAUGUGGGUGUUGUGAUUGAUUUAGAGCCAGCUAACUCUAGUGAUCCCACCUUAUUACUUGCUGGUGCAGUUCAAUCGCAAAAACUUGUUGUUAGAGCAAGUUCUAGACUGCAAUCUCUCCCCGGAGGAGAUAUCGGGGCUCUAUGUGAUACUGUUGUAGAAGAAGUUCAAAAGCUUACAGGUUAUGAUAGGGUAAUGAUUUACAAGUUCCAUGACGAUGAACACGGUGAAGUUGUUUCAGAAAUUAGAAGAUCCGAUUUAGAACCGUAUUUGGGACUUCACUAUCCAGCUACAGACAUCCCACAAGCAGCUCGAUUCUUGUUCAAACAGAAUCGUGUAAGGAUAAUAGUUGAUUGUUGUGCGGAAUCUGUUCGAGUGAUUCAAAGUGACGAGUUAAAGCAACCUUUAUGUUUGGUUAAUUCUACCCUACGAGCCCCACAUGGGUGCCAUGCGGUUUACAUGGCUAACAUGGGUUCUAUGGGGUCUUUAGUGAUGGCAAUUCUUGUAAAUAACAAUGCAUCCAUGAAGCUAUGGGGGUUGGUGGCCUGCCACCAUACUUCACCUCGUUAUGUCCCGUUCCCACUUCGAUAUGCGUGUGAGUUUCUAAUGCAAUCGGUUGGUUUACAGCUUUAUAUGGAACUUCAAUUAGCUGAACAGAAAGCCGAAAAAAGGGUACUCAGUAUGCAAACGACUUUAUGUGACAUGGUACUAAGAGAUUCCCCUUUUUCGAUUAUAACUCAGUCUCCUAGCAUAAUGGAUUUAGUAAAUGUGAUGGGGCGGCUUUGUAUUACAAUGAGAAAAUUUUGUUACUUGGUGUAACUCCAAAUGAAUCACAAGUUGUGGAUAUAGCUAAUUGGUUGUAUAGUGAACAUAAAGACUCAACGGGGUUUAGUACCGAGAGUUUGUUAAAUGCUGGUUAUCCUGGUGCGGUUUUGCUUGGUGAUGCUGUUUGUGGUAUGGCUGCUGCACGAAUCACUUCUAAAGAUUUCUUGUUUUGGUUUAGAUCACAUAAAGAAAAAGAAACGAUUUGGGGAGGGGCAAAGCAUCAUCCUGAAGAAAAAGAUGAUGGUAAUAGAAUGGAUCCAAGAUCUUCUUUUAAGGCGUUUCUUGAAGUGGCAAAGAGUCGAAGUUUGCCCUGGGAAGUUUCUGAGAUAAAUGUGAUUCAUUCUUUGCAGUUGAUAAUGAGAGCAUCCGUUCAAGAUAUUGGUGAUAAUGGUGGCGAUGGUCGUAAGGUGGUGAAAUAUGUUCAAGAAAGCGAGAGUAUAGGUCAAGGGAUGGAUGAAAUCCGUGCGGUUGCAUGUGAAAUGGUGAGAUUGAUUGAAACGGCGUCUGUCCCGAUCUUUGGGGUUGAUGGAUCUGGUUUGAUCAAUGGAUGGAAUGCGAAAAUUGCAGAGUUGACCGGUGUGGUGGCUAGUGAAGCUAUGGGGAAGUCUUUGAUUGAUGAAUUUAUUCUUGAAACGUCACGUGGAGUCGUUGAAGAUCUUCUCCGUAGAGCGUUGAAAGGUGAGGAAGAGAAAAAUGUUGAACUGGAACUACGGAAGGCUGGUACAGAUCAGAAAAACAACACCACUAUAUACAUCAUGGCUAAUACAUGCACAAGCCGGGACUACAUGAACAAUGUGAUAGGAGUAUGCUUUGUGGGUCAAGAUGUAACAACCGAGAAAAUUGUCAUGGAUAAAUUCGUACGCAUGGAAGGAGAUUAUAAGGCGAUUAUACAAACUCUAAAUCCAUUAAUUCCUCCUUUAUUUGCUUCCAAUGAGAAGGCCUGUUGUUCUGAAUGGAACGCCGCCAUGGAAGAGCUUUCCGGUCGCCGGAGACAUGAAGUUAUCGGAAAAGUGCUUCCUGGGGAGGUUUUUGGGGGGUCUAUGUCGCCUCAAAGAUGAAGACACUUUGAUGAAAUUUACGAUUUUGCUGUAUAGAACAAUCAAUGGUCAUGAUACCUCCGAUAUGCCAUUUUCAUUUUUUGGGAAAGAUGGGAAUCUUGUGGAGGUUUAUCUGACAGCAAAUAAAAAAGUUGGUGAAGGCGGAAAAGUGGUUGGGUGUUUUUUCUUCUUGCAGACUAGUCCGCAAGUGUCUUUUGGUGAAGAUGAAGGAGAAUUUGUAUUGAAACGUGAUAAUUUGGCGUACAUUAAGCAAGAAAUCAAGAACCCUUUAAACGGGCUGCAGUUCACUCAUAAACUUCUUGAAAACUCGGGUGUUUCGGAUGAUCAGAAGCAGUAUCUAGAGACGAGUGUUGCUUGUGAGAGACAAAUUGCAUCAAUCAUUGAGAACUUGGAUAUAAAAAGUAUUGAAGAGGGCAGCAUGAAGCUGAACAUGGACCAAUUUGUGAUGGAGAAUCUUUUAGAUGCCAUUGUGAGCCAAGUCAUGAUGGUGUUGAAGGAAAAGAAUAUACCACUAGUUCAUGAAAUACCUGAUCAAGUAAAAAAACUUGCUCUUCUUGGUGAUCAACUUAGGCUGCAGAUGGUGUUGUCAGAUUUCUUGCUCAGCAUUGUGCAUCAUGCACCUUCACAGGACGGGUGGGUGGAGAUCAAAGUGUCACCUGGACUACGGAUGAUACAUGAUGGGCAUGAAUUCAUUCAUCUACAGUUCAGAAUGACUCAUCCUGGUCCAGGCUUGCCAGCAAAUAUCAUCGGAGACAUGUAUGAAGACCGAAAACAAUGGGAAUUCAAAAUCAAUUCAAAAGGGACGCAGUUGGAAAAUAAACAUAGAAUGAGAACAAGUUCACAAGCGAUGAACUUUGAGAAGAAUUGUUCUGGAAAUCCACCAGAAUAG